AUGCAUAUAAUGAAGUGGUUGAACAGGAUAAAAUUGACUGUGGGGUAUGGCAAGGAAGACGCCACGUUCAGGAGAAUCAUUUACGCAAGUAGAAGCAUACAUAGUGAAGUGGAAAAGUUUGAAAAAGUGUCUAGCAACCUCAUCGAAUGCAUUGAAAAAUAUAAAAAGGAGAAACAAAUUUGUAUAUCGUCUUACAAAAAUUACAAACAGGAAAUCAAAGAUUGUGCACGUACAUUAUUUACGGAUGACAUUUUGGCUAGCUUAAAAAAAAAAGAUUUUAAAAUAAUUUUUACAUACAGCAUUUUGUUGUCAAAAAGGGUUCCCCUGAAGAAGGAGGUUUUAAAAACGGUGGUGUUGUCCUAUGUGCAGCUACUUAACGCAGAGGAGAAAAAGGAAGGAAGGAGAGAAGUUACAAGUCAACUUAGUGAUGUAGAUACACCUCUACUCCUAACAAUUAAGUAUUUGAUCUACCUAAAUGUGCAACACGACAAAAUUAUCUAUAACUACAUUUACUCCGAGUUGAAUAAUCUUAUAGAGGAGUACACCCUGGAGGAGCUCGUCGAAACGGUAAACUUGAUUUCCUCCUUCAAGGAUAAAAAAUGGAUCAAUCAGAAGGUAUUUUCCAGAUGCAUUAAUGAGAUUGUUAAAAGGAGCAACCAAAUGGAGGAGGACAUGUCCAAUUAUUUAGUCACCAUUAUUAAAGCCUGUUCCCGCCUUAACUGCGAAAUUGCAGACAUCCAUAUGCUGCUAGAAAUGAUGAGAGAAAAUUAUGAAAAGAAAGAAAAGAAAAAUCUGCACACACUAAUUAAAGUCAUAUACAACCUAUUUCUUUGUAACUAUCACAACUACAAAAAUGUGAACAAGCUAAUUGAUUUACUAAAAUAUGAACUUAUGGGCGUUAAAAAGGAGGAGGAAUACCCCACAUAUAAAAAAUACAACUACAAUAAUAAUAUCGUGCUGGAUACGAAUUCCGACUUGGAAGGCCAAGCCAGCAGGAACAACUCCAAUGCUGCCAUCUGCAACGACAAUAUUAGCAACAUCCACGAGAUUUACUUCAACACGAAGGAAAAUUUACACACGUAUGCGGGCCCCUCUGCGCCAAUCCCCUCAGUCAGUUUGUACCGCCUUAAAUUCCUUGACCUCCUCAUCCGGUCGGAUAACUUCCUAUACAACAGCGUCUACAGCCCGAACUCGCACUUUUUCGAUUUUGUGAAGCAGCUCCGGGUGGAAGGCAAGGACCCACGGGAGACCAUUUUUACAAAGCAGGCCACGUUUUUUGUGAAAGAGAGCGGGUACAAACUAGCACGCAAGCUCGUCCACAUUUACCCCAUCACCCACCUGCCGGAGUUCCAAAAUGUGUACGUCGAAUUUGUGCACAACAGAAGCAUCAACAAGAACAUGAAGGACAACCCUCACAAGUUCCACCGGCACCAUUUAACCUACAGGAUUCGGAACCUCAAAUUCUUAGGAUGGAACCCAAUCCUGCUGUACGAACACGAGUGGAAGAAGCUUAGAAAUUAUGAUGAAAAACUGGAGUACAUAAAAAAAGCGUUUAAAAGCAUAAGGAGCCAUACACAAGGGGGAUAG